AGGCAGUAGUAUGGGCGUUGACAGCAUGAAGUUGCACACAUUUGUACGAGAUGACAUGCCUCGAGUCUGUUGCAAAUGCGUGUAUUUAAUGGUGAUUUUGCUUGCGGUGUUUACCUGGAUUCAUGCCAUGGAACUACCGAUAUGUGAGCAGUACCACGCCUUCAACUCGGAUACAGUAAGCUGUGAACCAUGCAGUUUCUGUUGUGAGGUUAUCCGAGACGGGCAUCAGACUACACUAACAGCAGAAGAACAAUGCAAAACCCUCGUCGAUGGACAAUAUCUUUAUGCGUGUUUUGAUAGUGGGGAUAAACAUGCUUGCCCCAACCCGUCUUAUACUUUCCCGCCACCCGAUACAACUUCGAACUCAUCAGAUUGCUCGGCUUUUUCUGAUAACAACAACGGCACAUGCGAUCAUAUUACGGUUACAUGGAUCGUAUGUGCGGCUGUCGUUGUUGUUGUUGUAGCCGUCAUAUUGGGAAUCUUACGAAAAUACUUCAAUCGAGGUGUUAUUAGAAGAAUAAGAGAAAUAUGCUCUGCCAUUGCCCCCAACGCUCGUAAAAACAAGGAUGUCUUGGAGCUGUUAGAACUCAAGUCAGAUGAAAACUGCAGCUCAGCACAAGGUGGAGCCCAGCCUGUGCGCGUACCCAUAGAAGAUACCAACGAACCAGGCAGCCCAGGAACCGCGCCCUCACACAUGGAUCAAAACAACCCGGACACAUUGCUUGAAGACGCCGAAAAAUCACGCGAAAAGCAUGAUGGUGAUCGGAUAUGGAUGUAGUUUUAGACUUUUAGUAACUUAGUGUGAGUGGUGUGACAGGAAUGGUAGUCCUGGGAAUGGAAGUCUGGGGUCCUGUAUGAUUAGUAAAGGUUAGGGUUAUAGUUGGAAUAGUAGGGUUAGUAUAUGGAACGAAUGUCUCCCGCACGAAGUAAUGGAAAACGGACUACGGUUCCUAGCGGAUUACCAUUUCUGUGUUUUAUCUUUAAAGUGGAUACAGUUCACUACUUUCAUCCAAGGAAUGAGAGUUUAACGAUCCCUCUAUACGUUUUUUACUAACCAGUAUUACAUUUGGCACUGGUACUUAUGCACGCGUGCACUUGUUUAAACUUGCUAUUUUAGUAGAUUGCAAAAAUCAGUGUGAUGAAAUUAUUUAAUUUAAAUACUGCAAUGCAAUGGUAUAAAAUUUUCAGUGUAUUAUGAAAAAAAAUUUCUAACUUAGGACAGUAGAUUUGUAAACCAUUAUACAUUUCCUUAGAACUCGUGACUCUGUGAACCAUGCAUUCACUAAGAACAAAAAUUUAUUAGAUGACAUGGCACACACGUCGCAAUAAAUGUCUCUGGGGUCACAUGACUUUAACUGAUCAAUUCAAAAGUAAGCUAUUUUGUCCACGUUAUACAUGUAAUUCUAAUUAAAAUGUGAAUAUAAGUGAUGAUAUGGAGAUAGGGAUCUGUGAUCAAGACGACAUCAUCAAAAUAAACGAGGUAGUGACAAGGCAAUUAAAGGGACGAUAAGUUUAUGGAAGGGUUAUAUGGUUAUAUGAGUGAAGUUAUUAGUUUACUUAUAUUGUUUUGUUGUAACACCUAUGUCCCCUAGAUAUGUUCAAUGUAGAAUGUUUAUGCCUAGCCUUGUCUUUUGUGAUGGUUUAAUUUUAAAGUGUUCAGGAACAAUGUGACUGCUAGUGGUUUAUUUUUGAUUUUUUAAAUUCAUUUUGAUUACAUUUUUAUACUAUUGGAGAUGGCCAAAGGUGUCGAAUUUCCUCAUAUUUGUACUCUUAUUUCUGAUUUUAAUGGUGUAACAUAUGUCUGAAAUGGUCUAGAUGUCUAGAUAAAUUAUAUGGUCUUAAUCAUAAUAGAACCUGUCUUAACAAUGACUGACUGUGCAUUUUUAAAAAUCCUAAAAGAUCAC